AUGUUGCAUUUUUUUUUCAAACCCAAGAAAACCGCCGAGUCACUGGUGCGCAAGACCCGCGACGGGCUGCACAAGCUCGAUGCCGGUGGACCACGGGCGGAUAGCGCUAAUGUGACGAUCAGCAAGAAUCUGCUUGCAAUAAAGACGAUGAUCUACGGUGCGGCGGUAGGUGGAGCAGAGAACGACUUCAAAAUGUCUCAGCUGACCCAGAGCAUGUACAGCACCGAUCUGCUGCUGCUGCUGAUCAAGAACCUGCACCGGAUCCAGUUCGAGGCGAAGAAGGACGUCGUACAGGUGUUCAACAACGUUCUGAUUCGCGAGCUCGGAUCACGCUUGCCGACGGUUGACUACAUUUGCUCCAAGCCGGAUAUUCUGUACACCCUGCUGGACGGCUAUCAGCACCGGGUAGUGGCGUUCUGCUGUGGUACGAUGCUGCGCGAGUGCGCCCGUUACGAACCGCUCGCCAAAAUAUUGCUGCAGUCGAAGGAGUUCUACGAUCUGUUCGAUUACAUCGGCGACUCCUCGUUCGACAUCUCGUCCGAUGCGUUCUCCACGUUCUGCGCACUGCUCACGAACCACAAGCCGUUGUGUGGAAAGUUUCUGGACGAUGACUACGAGCUGUUCUUUAGCCGGUACGAGCUGCUGCUCAAAUCGCCCAACUACGUGACGCGUCGCCAGAGCCUGAAGCUGCUUGGCGAGCUGCUGAUUACACCCCACAACUACAACAUGAUGCAGAAGUACAUCACCAACCCGAACAACUUGCAGCUGAUAAUGAUGCUGCUCACCGACAGGGCACGCUACAUACAGUUCGAAGCGUUCAACGUGUUCAAGGUGUUUGUCGCAAAUCCGAAAAAGCCAAAACCGAUCCUGAAGAUACUGUUGCGCAACCAGCAAAGACUCGUCCGAUACUUGACAGAGUUCCUGCCGACGAUGACAGAGGACGAGCAGUUUCUCGAUGAGAAAGCGUACGUGAUCGAGAUCAUCCAGAAGCUGAAGCCCGUUAUGAUGGAGAAAUAG